UCCACUAUGAACUCCAAGCUGACCAGACACCAGCAGAGCACAAUCUGCUCACAGCUGGGAAAUUUGAAGCUAAAGCUGCUGUACAAGGCCAGCAUCCAUGGUUUCACCGGGGCAGCCUUCCACCAACGAUGUGACACCCACUGUCCCACAGUGUCCGUGGGUUACAAUGCCUCUGGUUAUGUGUUUGGAGGCUACACCAAACAACCUUUUAGUCAGUCUGGACAGUAUGUGCAUGAUGACCAGGCCUUCCUCUUCACAUUCAGUGGAGAAAAGCUCAACAAAUAUCCGGUCGCCGGUCCCGGAAAUGCAGUGAGAAUGAUUGCUAACGCUGGUCCAUAUUUUGGAGAAGAUUUGGUUCUUGUCAAUAGAAGUCAAGCUGUAGUUCAUAGCUAUCCAGGAAAUUAUUACGACUUUAAUGCUGCAGACAUGCAUGGCAACGACCUUCAGCUGACUGAGUGUGAAGUCUAUGAAGUUGAAGAAAGCACCGAACUUGAGAAGCCAUGGAGGACUAUAAUCUGGAAAUCUGAAAAGAGGAAGGAGUUGAUGGAAAGUAUUCGGCUCUACAAACCCAUGGUCAACUCUGUGUCCCAGAUUCGGGUCUUGCUCAUAGGAGCAGUUGGAGCUGGAAAGUCCAGUUUCUUCAAUUCUAUCAACUCUGUAUUCAGAGGCCACGUCACCAGCCAGGCCAUCGCUGGCUCCUCUAGCACCAGCCUCACCACACAGUUUCGUACCUACUCUUUGAAAGCGGGACGAGAAGGAAAACCUCUGCCAGUCCUGUUGUGUGACACCAUGGGAUUGGAGGAAAGCACUGGGGCAGGACUUGAUAUUGAUGAUAUCAGCAGCAUCCUCAAAGGUCAUCUGCCUGACCGUUAUCAGUUCAACCCCUCUGCUGCUCUGCAAACGGAGGCCAGCAGCUUUCGAAAGUCUCCAGUUCUCAAGGACAAGAUUCACUGUGUGGCUUAUGUCAUGGAUGCCUGCAAGAUUUCCAUCAUGCCCACAAAGCUGCAGGAAAAGCUGGACGCUAUACGCAGAAAGAUCAACUUAAUGGGGAUUCCUCAGCUGGUCCUCCUCACUAAAGUGGAUGAAGCAUGCCCUUUGGUGAUGGAGGAUGUGAAAAACGUUUAUAAGAGUGGCUACAUUAAAGAAAUGAUGCAGGAAGCGAGUGCUCGGCUUGGCGUGCCUUUGUCCUGUAUUGUUCCAGUGAAGAACUACUGUGAAGAGCUGGAGUUGGACCCAGACAACGACAUCCUGCUGCUCAGUGCCAUCAUCCAGAUGCUUCGCUUUGCUGAUAAUUACUUUGAUGAGAUCAGUGACAAAUUCAGCGACAUUGAAGUCAAAUAAUAAAUAUGUGUGCAGCAGGCACAAUAACCUGAGCAACUGUGAUGAAAUGUCCAUCGAUAUUUCAUCACAUGUUAAGCUUGACAAGCCAAUCAUCAGACAUGUAUGAUGAUAAAAGUAUGCAAAUGUAUUCUUUACUGCAUUAUAUUAACAUUUUCAUCUUUUGAUUUUUGUUUCAUGUGAUUGAGGCUGCGGCCAUAGUUAAAUACGCUGAUCUGCACAGAGAGCUGUACAUAACUUUUUCAUUUUCCCUGUUCUCAUCUUACAUGUUUGUUGCUGUAUUAGAUGUUGUCAAGUUACAUGUAUACAUUUUACUGACACAUACCUUUCAAUUGGACUGAACUGGAAGGUUUUCGUAAUUUCAAGUUUACUUUUCCAGUUUGCUUUUCCAAUUUUCCUUACAUAUACAAAUUACAUGUGAGGUUAUGUAUAAACUUAGUGACAUUUAGGACUUCUUUCGAGUAAUGUAUGCAAAUAAUUACACAACAAUGCAGGCUAAUCUCCACCCAUCUCAGUCAAAUCAAGCACACCUGUGCAGCAGCUGGCCCACACUAAACUGAAUAGCCUAAAUUAAUCACAUGCUUUACUGCAUACUUGUGUUUUAAUGCUGUUGUUUGUGUUGUUUAUCGUUUGUGUUGUGAAAGAGAAAUAAAAAGCU